AUGGCGUUCUCUCCAAGUCAACCUCUCCCGAUAUUCAGCGACAUUGCUGCAAAUCUCUCCCAGUUGCGUGAUCAAAUAUUCCACAUGGACGCGCCGGUACAGAUGACAUUUACAGAGUUCAAUGCUCUCUGGAGAUACGUUGACAAUAUGGUCAAGGUUACAGAGCGCGCCGGACUUGUGCUUAUUGAAAAGUCCGCAACCGAAGGCCAUAGUCAUGACCAUUCGACCCUUGAGUUUAAUGCCCCUGAAGUUAACGAAACCCUACAGAAUGCUCAGAACGGGAACCUCAAAGCUCUAGAAAUUGCAGGAGUUGAUAAACUUACUGUUAAAGCUGUGUAUAAUGGAAGUAAACAUGGCGUAUGGCCAAUGUUAUGA